GUGCUGACCGGGCUGGGGACUAGGAAGUGGAGACAACUACAACGGUAUACACGCCAUGGUGCGUAUGCCAAAGACCGAUCUCUCGAUGAGAUCCCGGGUGAGCGUCGCGCUCCUCUUUUUGUUGCUUCCGGAAAUCAGGGGGUUUGUGGCAAAUCCUGCUUCUCGGGGCUUCACCUGGCACCGCGCUGUUAGGAAAACUGGACACGAACUUCAUCUCCAAAAUGACUAUGACCACAAUCCGACAGCAGCCGCUUCAGCGGACCAGUCGGUAGCGCAGUUUGACGCAGAAGCAGGGAGAGGCGAUGGCGAAGGCAACAACAACGGCAACGCAUGGCAAGGGCUGGGGGGGAAGCAGAGGAGCGGCAUGUUUGACAACGUGCCGGUUCAGACAGUGUCCGGUGACGGCAGCUACACGGCGGUGCUGGUCGUGCCGACCGGUAUCGGAGCGGCGAUCGGGGGGUAUGCCGGCGAUGCUUUGCCGGUGGCCAGGGCCGUGUCGUCCGUGGUGGACACUUUGGUGACACACCCGAACGUCAUGAACGGCGCGAUGCUCAGCUGGCCCCAGACGGGAAUACAGUACGUCGAGGGAUACGCGCUUGACGAGUUCUGCGCGGGAAGGUGGGGCUUGUUACCCGUCACCAAGGGCGGGCACCGUAUCGGCUUGGUCUUGGAUUGCGCCAUCGAGGACGACCUUCAGCUCAGACACUUGCAGGCAGCUAAUGCGGCACGGGCGACGCUCGGCAUCAACGUGGCCGAGUACUGCGUGACGGAGAAGCCCGCCGGGGUUACCCUCGAGAUGACCACGGGGGGUGCGAGCUGGGGCACCGUCAAGGGGCUGGACUCUCUCGUGAACGCGGGUAGAAGGCUUGUGGAGGAGUCGGGGUGCACGGCGAUCGCUGUGGUGGCUAGGUUUCCAGAUGAUGAAGACGAGGAAGCGUUGCAAGCCUAUAGGGAGGGGCAGGGCGUUGAUGCGGUCGGCGGCGCGGAGGCCAUAAUCUCGCACGUCAUGAGUCAGAAGCUUAAGGUUCCCUGCGCGCACGCGCCAGCCCUGCCCCCGAUCGACGUUGACGAAUCCGUGAGCCCUAGGGCCUGCGCCGAGGAGCUGGGCUACACCUUCUUGCCGUGCGUGCUCUCCAACCUUCAUAGGGCGCCGUCCAUAAUCACGAGCAGAGAGCACCCAAGGGCGGGGGAGGCGCUGUGGGCCGAUGCCGUCGAUGCCGUCGUCGCUCCGGCCUCUGCCUUCGGGGGAGCCGGGGUUCUCAGCCUCGCAGAACAGGCGACGACGCUGUUGAUAGCGGUGGAGGACAACGCCACCGUGAUGAAGGCGGAUGCAGGGGCUAUGCUCGGCAGCAGCAGCAGCGUCUCGGAUCGUUGCGUGACGGUCUCAUCCUACCUUGAGGCCGUCGGCGUCCUGGCCUGCCACAAGGCGGGAGUCAACCCCACCUGCUUGACCCCCGAAGUGCCCGCGAUCCGCCGAAUGCCGCCAGCGCCGGCGGCAGCAACCGAGGGUGAUGUUGCUGCGGCCCCUGGCGGAGAGGGAAGGAGUGUCGGUGUAGAAGAGGUGCAUUCCGAGAGGUUGCGUGCUUUGGUGGAUGCAUGAUUUUGCUCAUGCGGUUGUAUUUGGUAGGAGAAGGACGAAUGGUGUGAUUGGCAUGUUUCUAUUCUGUUUUGUUGGCAGGAGGAGGAGAAAUCUUCUAGGUUGCAUAAUGUGGCAUUUAAAUUGAUUGUACCAGGUCGUGCUUGCUACCUGUUAGGGUUUGGUCGGGUGGCCAGUUUCGUGGCGGGGUCAGGCACACGGGAUGCUGUUGUCUGAGGUUGAAAACUCAACAAAAGAAAGGGACUAAGUAGUGGCACGUACUUUCCUGAUUUGGUCAAACCUUGCGUGCCACCUUCUCCGAUGUAGAGCGCACAUCGCCUAGCAGCGUCCUUGGGCAGCUGAAGAAGACAGACAGCGACGAAGAUAAGGAGGCAGGCGCAGUUGCGCUGAUCUUGGAGACGGAAGCGACGUUGUUACGACAUGCAUGCUGUGCGAAUAUGUACGACGACCGGUGGCGGGGGAUGCUCAACGUCAGGUCAAUGCCACCAAUUUUGUUGCUCGUGGUCUCGAUUUUCCACCGCUUUGUGCAUUAUUUCUUUUAUCCAGAAGAUUUUGUUGGCGGUUGCCGUGCUGUUGGCUUAGAUGGAGUCCUUUGUUCUUUUAUGAUCGUCGAUUUGUUCGGGAUUGGUACAUGAAAGUUUCGGGGACCUCCGAGGCGAAAAAUAAACCGCGUAUUCUGGCAAGAGGGGGGAGCAACUCCUAUGGCAUCAACGCAAUGCAUACCCGGCGCUCGUUGAGAAGCUGUUUUUGCUUCAAGGUGUCGCAAUGCUCAUUCAAUAUAGACGAAAUGCACAUUGGCAUCUACCUCACAGUUGUCAAUGAGCUGUCAAAACGGCAUGUGCCAGAGUAGAUCUAAACAGUACCUAGCUGUAGACGCUCACGAAGUGAGUGCGUCUAAUUUACCUGUCUGACGAAGUCUCUCUG